AAAUCCUUAGCCAUGGUACAAAGAGUCAGCCCCCAUAAGAACCAAGUCAUUGAUGUGAAGUUCUUUUUUUCCCUCGACAUUCUAGCAGCUGUCAUUACAUUUGCUGGGGAAUUCUCGACGAGAUUUUACUUGUCCUCCCAUGCUGUUCUUUCUGUGGUUUCCUUGUUUCUUUUUGCGAUCCGGUUCCAGAUGGCUCAACAGUGCUUCCAAAAUGAAUAUUUUGACAGAUUGCUGAAUGCUUGCAAACCGUGUCACCUUCGAUGCCCUAAUACCCCUCCUCUAAUAUGUCAGCGUUAUUGUAAUACAAUGAAAGGAACAAAUGCAAUUCUCUGGACCUGUUUGGGCCUCAGCUUGAUCGUUUCUUUGACAGUUUUCGUGUUGAUGUUCUUGCUCAGGAAGAUGAGCUCCGAGCCAUUAAAGGACGAAUUUAAAAACACAGGACCGGCUCUCCAGAAGGAUGCGAAUGCAGACCUGUAUGAGAGCGACGAUGGCAGGACUGGUGCGGAAACUCUUCUUUCGAGAGGCCUCGGGUACACAGUGGAAGAAUGUACGUGUGAAGACUGUGUCAGGAGCAAACCAAAGGUCGAUUCUGACCAUUUCUUUCCACUCCCAGCCAUGGAGGAAGGUGCAACCAUUCUUGUCACCACAAAAACAAACGACUACUGCAACAGCCUGCUAGCUGCCUCGAGUGUCACGGGGAUGGAGAAAUCAGUUUUCCCAGCUAAUUAACCAUUUCGAUGGUAUAGAGCUACUUGGAAAAUCUUUUGUCAGAAGAAAAGGAUGAUGUAUCGGAUCUUUUUAGGAUGAUUGUACUUAUCAGUGGAUGAUAUGGCUUUUUGUUCUCUAAUUCUGGAAAAUCUUUGUUAGAUAUAUUUUUCUACCUUACUGUUGGGAGCUUAGCUGUGGAAACUUCCUUGGUUUCAUGAUUAAAUUGACUCACUGAAAAAAAAAAGCACUGCAAUGUGUAGAUUCCAUAGUCACACAUUUCUGUGGCUAGACCACUUCUCUCCUAUACAUGUACACAUACAUUUCAUGACAGACUGGAUUUCUUUUUAUUGUUAAAGGAAAGCAAGGUUAUCCUAUGUACUUUCUAACUACAGGAGAAGCCUAGAGCCAGCCACACUAAUUCA